AUGUCUAGCUUGUUUUUUUCUGCGUUCGAGGUCACUAAGCAGUCCUUCUACCGCAAUUCGCUGGCGUUUGCCAUCGUCAAUCUCAAGCCGAUCGUACCCGGCCAUGUCCUGGUCAUUCCGACGCGUCCCGUUCAACGGCUCUCCGACCUGAAUGCUAAAGAGCUCGCCUCCCUCAUGUACUCCGUCAACCAUGUCGGAAAGGUAAUCCAGAAGGCAUACGAAGCAGAUGGAUUGACCAUCGCUUGUCAGGAUGGCAAAGCCGCAGGCCAGACAGUGCCGCAUGUCCACUUCCAUCUCCUCCCCCGUAAAUUGCUCGGCGAUCGCUUCGCCAACAACGACGACAUCUAUCCGGCCAUCGAGAAAGCCGAAGGAAAACUGCCAGAAGAGGUCAAGGCGGCAGAAGAGGCGAAGCCGCUCAAGGUAGACGCGGACGAGGAUCGCAAGCCGCGAACCUUGGAGGAGAUGGAGAGGGAAGCUGCGUGGCUGCGAGGGAUAUUCGCGAAGUACAAAGACGAGGAGUCGUCGAUAGCCUAG